UAAUAAAACAGUCCAACUUAAGCACUAAACAAUUGCGAGGAAGACAGUUCGCAGAACAUACUUGGUACUGAUGCCGGACACUAAUCGCAGGGCUGCACUUCCGGCGGCAACAGCAGAACGAAUCAAGCAGCGGGACCUUGACCCUCUUCUCCGGUGGUGGUGUAGACACAACACGACGGUCCAGGUGAACGGCGGCAGUGGCUUGGUCCGGCGGCCUGGUUUCCUUCUCCGGCAAGCUCCCCUUCUUCUCCGGCGUACUCCAGUCCAGCGGCUUCAGUCCUCCAGAUACGACGGUGUAGACUUCUCUGAGAAGCUCCCUCCAGAUACGUUAUAUGUAUACUUUCGCAGUUUUUUUUUCUUUUUUGGCGAUUCCUUCGCCGAUGGGCGACGGUCAUAUAUAUACCCGUUAAUGCCUCAAAGUGUGUUCGUGGGUUUUCAACGUUUCAUCUCCCGUUACUCGAGCUUUAACUUUGCAUUUAAAACAAUAUUAUGGAUGGCCGGACGUUAUGGUUUAUGAUCACGUGAUGCCAUACGUGCCAUGCGAAGUACUAGCAUGUAUGAGUGGAUUAUUAUGUAUGUGUAUGUAUGUAAUGUAUGUAAGGGUGUCACAGCAGGGGGGAGCGGGUGCCCUUGCUACAACUAUCCGAGUUAACCAAAUAGGUAUAGCAGGAAGGGGUAAGGGACGGCUAAAAAUAAUAACAUCAUAGACCUUGACAUUGUAUACCCUAAUAUUACAUGAAGUUUAGGUAUAUUGCUUCACUUUAAAGCUGAGCUUAUGGACUUGGAGUUAAACAAGUUCACAAAGGUAAAAGUUCCAAUUUCGAGUGGGAUCUUUAUCUUCUUGGAUUGGGACACUCCUAUCAGAAUGAACUUUCUAUUUCGGCAACCUUGUUACAAGUUGAAUUGAUAUUGAUGAUUUUGCACGCUUUGAGAAACCACUAGUAUUGAAUUCUACAGCUUUGAACUUAUACCUGGAAUUAACUCUUCAUCAACACACAUUAAGGAUUUUUAUGAUUAAUUGAUCACCAUGUCUCAAAGUGUGGCUCAAAUUCACAACAUUUAAUCAAAGAAUUCGAAACAAUCCUUGCCUCUACUUUCGCUAAUCGAGACAAUUUAAAUAAGAGACCUACUAAUGAAGAAAAAGGUACUCCUGCACACCCAAAAUUUUCAAGGGAUUUCUUUUUGCAUGUAACAAGUAUUCUAAUGG